AUGGUUUCUGAACAUUCCUCCAUCAGGUCUGACAACAAUUUCAACUUGGACAAUGAAAUCAAUCAAGAUGCUACUGCCACCAGUCCAUUCAACCUUGAUGAUGUUCCUGUCCUGCAGGAGGGUGCCCAGAGCGAUGGUCCUACCUGGGAGCAAACACCCAUCACCACCCUCAACCUUUCCAAUCUGGAAAGGAUGUUUUGUGUCAAUGAUUGCUCCUCUGCCAUAAAGCUUCUUCAUCAUCAUGUUAGCCUGGUUUUUGACACAGAUCUCAAGUUGCAUAGCGAUAAUCCCACUCUCUUAUGGCAAGGUUCCAAGCACUUCCUGGACUUUAUUCUUGUUGUCUCUGGCCAGAUUGGCCUGCAUGCCUUUCUCCCCAAGACCCUUGCCAACCAUAACUUUUUCUUGACACUGAACCUGUGUCUUCAAUCUUGUCAGUUCUGUCCCAAGUUUGGAAAACUUGGCUUUGAUCCAACAGGCUCAAUGAUGGCCAUCAGCGAUGGUCAGUUGACUGAGCUAUGGUUUGGCUUUAGCCCUGUUGCCAACAUCAAAGAUAUCAACAUCACCAAUUACACUCCUCUUCUGAAUGAGAAGCAUGGUGAUACUUAUUUGACCUCUGUUCACUAUUGCAUGGGUGUCAUGUUUCUUGCCUGCCUUCUGAGCCAGAUUCCAUCCAUGGCUGUCCAUGUCAUGCACCCAUAUGGACCUCACUCUGAGUUCCAUGACUGGAAAAUUGAAGACACAACUAACAUGCUAUACCCAGAUGACCUUCAUUCUCUCCCACUCCAUGAACCUGAAACACAGAAAGAAGUCAAUAUCUAUGAUGAGGAAGGUCAUUGCAUCCCUCAUCUCAAUGGCAGGGGCCUCAUUGAUGGUCCCAAAUGCAGUCUUCUCAUAAAUCUGGAGACAAUUCCUCAACUGUUUCCUUAA